AUAGCCACUCCACUCCCUCACCACUGUGAGUACUGCUGAGUACUCCUAGAAGCACUGACAAUGGCCGCCUCAAUCACUUUCACGCCGAAGGCGUCACUAACAGACGCUCCCACCAACCUGAAGGAGGCCAUUGACUGGGUCCUGAGGGUAACUGGUAAGGAUGGUAAGGCACUGAACAAGGAAACAGAAUGCAUAUGUGGCCUGGCGGCGGCAGUGACUGACCUACUGCAGUCAGUACAACUGGAGUACCAUGGCUAUCAAGGUGAUGUUAAGAAUGGUACUACUGACAGCGGUGCCAACAAUGGCGCCACCGAACAGCAAGUCAUAGACCACCUCAAUGGACUUUUCUCCCUAGUCCAAGGACUAGGUGGUACUGCAGUGGUCCGGACUUAUAUAGACCAGCUGGCACAGGUACUCAGUGCACUCGUUGGGUGGAGUAAGAUAGAGACGUGUGAUAAGAGCAAUGGCAAGUGUGGUGGCGAUGAAAAACCACACGGCCAAGAGAGCUGCAAGUAUCUCAAGGAUGUAACGCGGGAUGAUAGGUCAUGUGACACAUGUGGGUGUAUGAAAUGGGAUGUGGCCGAUGCGGACAAUGAGAGUAAAGGACACCACCUGGGCAGGAGGUGUACAAGGUGUAGUGGUGGUGGAAGUGAUUGUACGUGUAAAGAUGGUGAAGAUCAGUGUGCUGUUGGCACAGAGUGUAAGUGCGCUAAAGCAGGCAAAUGCUGCAAGUGUUGUUGUAAUGGUAGAUGUGGGAACUGUAAAAGGGAGUGUAGUUGUAUAAUCGAGGACGGGGUUGUUGGCCGUGAUGAGUGUAACAGGGAUAGCUACAUGUCAGCGUACCCUAGUAGAACGGUGUUUAUGAGGGAGUCAUUCACGCAAUCCAAGAGGGUAGACGUCAAACCAUAUUGGAAAGAUUUAAUAGAUAUUCCUCCCGGAGACAAUAGCUAUGACACUACUGCCUCUGAUAGACGUCACCAAUGUGCCCAGACAUUACUUGGGUCAGUAUGUCUCAUUUGGAGUGGCAUUACCUACUUAUAUUGGACUGGCAAGUAUCACUGGAGUAGUCCCCGAUGGAAUAAUCACAUCCUGGACGGUAGUGGUCUAGAUGAUGGUACCCUAUCACAGUGGCUACAGGCCCUAGGGUUUCCUAGGGAUAUGCUGAACAAUAGUGGGCCACAGAAUAGACUUGAUAAGGUCAUAUGGGAUGGACUUAAUGAUAAGUUGCUUCUAGGGUUUGCAGUGCCUAGUGGCCUUAAUACUAGUGGUGUUGCCAAUGACCAUAAUGGUAAUACAGCCAGAAAUCCGUUCAAUAUGAACUAUGCCGGUUUUGUGCAUACUGCACAUAGGGAUUCAUUCAAUGAACAAGCUAUUGUGUUUAAAAAUGACGGCUCUAGUACUACUGACACUAAUCAACACAAGAUCGGUGCCAUUUUCAAGCUUUAUAUUCUAUCAUGUGCAUAUUUUACUGGAUUACAGAAAAAGAGUAGUACCCAAAGCACUGCCCCUAGGAAUCCCAAGACCAUCCGGGAUAUCCUAUACUGGCUAAGUGCAUUGCCCUAUAGCCCGGCAUACCCCAAGAUAUUGAUACAUGGUAAGGAUAGACUAAAAGAAGUGCUCAAGAAACCCGGAGAAACUGACUCUACCAAUGGAGAGACACAACUCAAGUUCUAUCAAACAGGUCUUAAACAUCCCAUUACCGUUGAUGAAUACAACCUAUUUGCCCACUUCCAAGCAGUGACCCAGUAUUGUCCACUGGUCCUCAUCGGUAUCCAGGGUGGUCUCAAAGGCACUGACAAAACACUAGAACCUGCCAUUCACGCCCUCUACGCCAACACGGAAUGCAACUUCACCUAUCCCACUGUGUCCAUUCAAGCAUACAACCAGGUGGUACACUACAUUAGGGCUCUGUUCUACCAACUCUAUUUCCUUAGGAAACAAUGUGCAGUGAAAGUUACUUGUGGAGGUAAAUGGCGUGAGUGUAGGUAUGGUAGUGGAGUGCUUGGAAAGGAUGUAGUUAGCUGGAUGUGCCUGGGGUGUAACCCCAUGGAGCAUGAUAGAAAGGGGAGGGUAGAGAAGGUAAAGGAUGGGUUAGAUGGGGUGAAGGAAGGGGCAGACAGUGUUGCAGCGAAGGUCAAGGCACUACUAGAGGCUAUUGGUGAAGUGGUGGUACAAUUGGGUAAUGCCCAAGAGGCAUUGGAAAAGAAGGCUGAGAAUAAAGCGAUAGAGGGGGUGAAGGGGGCACUAGAGAAGGCUAAGAAGGAACUAGAGGGGGCUAAGGGAGAGGAGGAUGAUGGUGUGCUAACGGCUUUAUAUGCGAAACUAGAGGAGGAGGGAGUGGAGUGGCAUGGGCAAGAGGAACUUGUUAAUGCUAGGGAGAAAAUAAAGGAGUUGACGAAGAAUGAUAAUGGAGGGUUACUAAAGGGUUUGUUAGAUAAACUUGACGCAGCUAAAGGUAACGAUUUUGAUCAAGCUAAAAAUGCAGGGAGUUCUGCUAUCCAUAAGGUACAGGAGAUACUGACACCACUAAAGAAUGGGCUUGAAGCAGCGGUCAAGACGGAUAUGAAGGAAGAGCUGAAUGGUCACCAAGAAACACUAUUAGAUGCCACAAGAAAAAUCAUCUCCAUCUACACCACCGCAAAGUGCAGUGCCUGUCAAGAUCACUCCAACAAAUGUGGCAAAACACCAAAGCCCACGACCUGUCCAACAUGCCACCAACCCACCACCACUGGUGUCCCCUCCCCCCUCCAGGCAUUCCUGGAGGACCGGUUACCAGGCUUCAGUUGUCAAGAAGUGGUGAACGAUGAAAAUGACACUCCAAACUACCCACCCGCUGCAUCCCACCUAGGACACUGCAAUGGCUCAGGCCAGUGCUGCCCCUUGCCCAUGGGAUUUAGAAAUAACUUCCAUAAGGGCAGCACCAGUGAUAGUACCGGCGCCAGGCUCUACGGCAUCCUCUACUUCUUUAGUAAUGAGAACAUGAUGCAGUCUUGCGUUUAUACACUAGUGAGGGUCACAGCAGCUCUCAGUGCUACGACACCACAGGUAUUGGGUGACGUCUUUGGGUUCUUUAGGGGUGGUGUGGGAAACAAGGAAAGGGGGAAGCCACAGAAGGGAGAGGAGACCAGUUGUGAGCACACCAAGGACCCAUCUACGAAAGGAGCUGAUGACUACUUUUGCGGCUGGUGCGCCUCUGGGUUACGGGAAGAGGUAAAGAAGAUAGAGUGGAUCCAAAAGAUAACGGGUGGUGACGACUACAGGGAGAGUGUCGGUAAAGCGUUAAGAGAUAUUAAGGGCAGUGACAGCACUGCUACUACCACUGCAUAUUCCAGCACUGGUACCACCACUACUUCCCUCUCGGCACUGACCAAGGACUCAGAAUACCUCUCCCCCCUAACCGGUGAACUGUACACCGCAGUGAGUGCCACAUUCGGUAACACAUACCUCUCAUGGGUACUCUAUCUAUCAGAUGCACUUCAUUGGGGAUUACAGUCACUGUCUGAGGCAUUCCAACAGAUUGAAUGCCGGGGCUGCAAAGGACAAUGUGACCCCAAUAAGUGCAGGAAGGGAGAACACGGUAGCAAUGGCGGUGGACAGUGUGGAUGCCAAUCAAUCGUAUCAUGUACCGGGGUACUACCAGUGUUGUAUAGACAUGGCUUCAGUUACGGUAACCCAUUCAAUCUGGAGGGGUACCAGCAGAAGGAUGGAAGCAAAGAGGGGGAUUAUAGCAUAGAGAACACGAAGACUACUAAGCACUGUCACGAGUUCCUAGAAAGUCUAAGCAAAGUACUAGAUGAUAAGCAGGCCACCUCUCAGGACCACCCCCUAACCAAUCUCCUCUCCCAGGUCGGCCAGCUCCAAUACGACAUACGGCUCCCCUGGAUAUUUGCACUGACCAUGGCCUGGCUAGUGGCGGUACUGUACCUUGCCUUUGGUGCCAUAUGGCCACUGGACUGGACUCAUAUGAGGUCGCAUUGGUUACGGGGUGGAGAACACCAGUGGCAAUGUAUGUGGUAUAAGGUUAUGACGGGACGCAAAGGAGUGGAACUGGUGGAGUAUUUGGGUAGAAAAUAGUGGCGCCUUCGGCGCAACGGUGCUUUAAUGUGGUAGUUAGUAUCGGGGGUAGUAAUGUGGAGCAGUCUAGUGGUAGAGUUA